AUGACUGUUCUUUUUCACGGCAUUGGAAUCAAACAUUCUAGAAAUUUGAUUGACAGCCGGCUCGACCAUGUGCGCUUUAAUGAGGUGCUUUACGCUGAUGAUACACUUUUGGUUUCCAGAAAUACGACAGGAAUGAACAAACUCCGACACGCCGUAGAAGAGGAAUCAGCAUAUUAUGGGUUGACGCUCAACCACGACAAAUGCAACGUUUUAGCAAUGAACGGGCGCACCAUUAUCCGCUUCCGAGAUGGCUCACAAAUGAGACACGCCGACGAAGUCACCUACCUCGGCGGAGUCCUCACAAAACAGGUGAACAUCGCGUCCAAAAUUUCCAGCAGAAUUGCUUCUGCUAUGGCGACUUGGAAAAGUCUGGAUAUUUUCUGGAAAGAGGCGCAGUGCAGCUUGAGAAACAAAAUCCUGAUAUAUAUAAUGCCGUCAUUAAAUCAAAACUUCUUUAUGCUUUAG